CAGUGUUUCUGCAUGAUUUAGAAAAAGCGCUGCACUAGUACUCUACAGAAGCUUUCACAUCGCACUAUUUCUCCAUUUACUCGUUUUGCUUUUAUGUCUACCUCACUGGCUAUGGCUCACAACGUUAAACGACACUUGGACGAAUCGUCUGUCUGUGUGCAGAUCAACGACAAGGACGAUGGAGAAGAAUUUGUGUGUGACGAAGAGCCGCAUAUGCUUUCGCCUGAGCAAGGCUUUGGGUACUACUCCAUUAUUUUGGGACAGCAGUUUGGGGAGGGCAAGCUUGAAAUCGCGAGGAAAUUUGGAUGGGCCGGUCAUUCCAGCGUCUGGCUCGCGCGCACCUUAAAUGCAUAUCCUGCGAUGGUGGACUCUCUUAGGACCAUCAAAACGGUCAAUCCUGAUCACCCCGGUUACCAACACCUCUACGACGCGGUAGCCGAAAGAAGUCACCAUGGUCCUCACAUCUGCAUCAUCACCAACGUUCCGGGGGCGAACAUGAUUAGCCUCCGUAGGCUGAAACCCAAUGGGCGUGGUGCUUUUCCUUUUCCUAUCGCUAAACGCAUAGUCAAACAGACACUUCUUGCUCUUGAUUACCUUCACCGAACGCUCCGCGUUCAUAAUCUGUUCCCUAAUCCAAUCGAAAGUUUUCUUCGAACAUAUCAUAAUAUGGACGAGACAGACAUCUUGCCUGCUGCCGCUUUCAUUCGGAGGUGUUCGACUAUUGAUCCCCGCGCACGACCUACCGCCUUGGAGCUACUAGAGGACGAAUGGCUCACGAAUGCAUAGGACAUAGCGGUAUGGAUCACAAGUACUGUAUCAAGAACCUG